AUGUUUUCCAUGGACAGAGCAGCGAAAGGGCGAGCUCUGCUAUGGACGAUUAUGAUUGUAUACGUACUGGUCACGACCUGGAAUUUCGUCGCUCUCGAUUCCGACCGCAAAUUCCGGCUGUCCAAGGGCGUCAACUCAUCCGCCACAAGCAGCACCCCCAGCCCGCAACGAGGUAGAACUUGGCCAUACCUUGAUCAUGAUAGACACACGGCAUACCUUCAGCAGCUGAUUGCGCAAGUCGACUCCCAACCUGAGCAGCCACUGUCGCCAGCGACACAGCGUUUCAAGGACGCCAUCGAGGCGGCGCCGCACUUGUACAUGUACUUUACCGAAAUGUUCACCGAGAUCCCUGACGAAGUUCGUUAUGGCCAGAACAGUACUGUGCUCCGCUCUUACGACCACAUGCUGCGACUUUUGAGCCACAUUGUCAAAACGGCACCUCCUCCUGGGCUGGGCAUUCCGGUGCCGCCAAUGGCCUUGAUACUCACCGAUCCAGCAAAUACUGCGAGUGGCCACGCUGCCUUUUCCGACCCUAAGGUUAACGUACUGCUGAAGGGCGUCUUGAACGAAUGGGCAGCAUUUCUUGGAAGCGCCGAUUCGCUUCCAUUUGUCAAGAGCGGCUCUGAUGGUUGGCUUGGGAACGCUUCGCUUGUCGAACUAGAGCAUGUUGCCAACCUCCCGUCUGGCACAACUGCCAGCUUUUCAGAUAUUUUCGAGUGCGAUGUCGAGGCGGAAUAUUACGGUUUUCGCUCUUGGGAUGACUUCUUUACUCGACGCUUCCGUCCCCAGAUGCGUCCAGUCGCCGAUCCAGACGACGACAGCGUCAUCGUCAACGCUUGCGAGUCUGUUCCUCACACAGUGGGCAUGAAGGCCAAGCUUCGAGACACAUUCUUCAUCAAAGACCAACCCUAUUCGGUCAUCGAUAUGCUGGGUCACGAUCCGAUUGCAAACGAAUUUGCCGAUUCGACAGUAUACCAGGCAUUUUUGAGCAUGCACUCGUACCAUCGCUGGCACGCACCCAUCUCUGGAAGAAUUCACAGUGCCUACGUUGUCGACGGUACAUACUACAGCCUUCCACGUUUUUUUGGCAACGACCAGCUCGGAAAGACCUUUCCGGCGAAACCGGCAGGUUUCGGACACGCCAUGCGAUACCUCAGUGAAAUGGCGACGCGUGCCGUUAUCAUCAUCGAGUCCGACCACCCAGGCUUGGGAUUGGUUGCAUUUGUUGCGGUCGGCAUGGUUGAGAUCAGCACUUGCGAGAUUACGGUUGAAAAAGGACAGCACGUCAAGAAGGGCGAUGAACUGGGCUCGUUCCACUUUGGCGGCUCCAGCUACUGCUUGCUCUUCCAGGAUGGAGUCGAGCUCACGGAUUUGCCUGCCCCGGGCGACUUUCAGUCACCAAACGUGCCAGUUCUGGGCAAGAUUGCUUCUAUUGCGCCACCGCGUCUCGCAGUUCAGAAAUGA